UGUUUCAACUCUGCAGAGCGUUUUAUUUGCAAAUACGGAAUUCCAGCUGUGCUAAAAUCACAAAUGAAUCUCUUAUCAGGUUUACUACAAGUGGGGGAAAAAUUACACCAUUUGGCAAGAAUAAAUUAUCUCGUUGUUACAAUUUCCAUUACAUAGGAGAAGUUGUAUCCCACAUUUGCAGGAUGUAUGACCACACAAUUCAGACUAAUAAAGCAGGGGCUCACUCUGUGUCAAACAAGAUACUUAUAACACCUGUAAUAACUAUGUAGUUAUUAUGGUAUCAGAGUUCCACUCUGUUAAAAGUGCUACAUUAAGGUGACAUGACAUCUCCAGGCUGAAGUGUUUGCAGUCUUUAAUCCCAACACAUACCGAUGACUACCUUGAUUCACUGGGAAGUUAAAAGGUGUUCAAAUAAAAGUUUGUGAAGUCAAGUCAGGCAUACAUCUUGUGAGGUCUUAGCUGCUCUUCAGAUAUCGAAUUCCUCUGAAUUGUUUUCACCAUUUUAUUAUUUAAACCUACCCAUCUAACAUACUACACCAUUGCUGACUUAAUAACACGUCUUUCACAUUGCCCACUUGUCUUCAAAAGCAGUUUCCAAACCAUCGCGUAUCCAAUUGCCCUAUUCAUGUUUAUUUUACUACUUCCUGUCUCCUUUUGCUCUGCAACCUUCUCCAAUGGUUGAAAUUACUUCUAAGACGUAUCCAAGCGUGGGUUUUUUUCCCUUGCAGCCGCACUCGGGAUAGCCAGCAGAUACUCAGAUAGCAGAACGCGCCUGAAGAUAAGCUCCUCUUGCCCUGCUUUUGAGGAUUCCCUUAACCCGCGUCUCUUCCGCAGUAGCACAGCGCAGGGAUAAGAGGUACCGCAUGCUGAGAAGUUCAACUUUUGUCACUAUUGGAUAUUAUUUUUCAACGUACCAGCGGGGUCAGCCCGCUGUGCAGCAGGGCCCGGGGAACGCCGGCUCUACCCACGGGAACGGCCCCUGUUCAAACCCCGCCGGGCCUGGCGAGGGUAGCGCGGCGGGAAGCCUCCCGGUGUGCCCCCCCCCCCCCCCCCGGGCAGCCCUGGAGAAGCAGAGCCGGGGCACGUUUCCGCGACAGCGGCCGAGCGGCUCCGCCCCGGGGCGGGGAAGAGAGGGGAGGGCUGAGGGGGAGAGGGACCCUUUCGUGCCCCGGAACCUUCCUGCCGCUCCUCUUGUUCCCUGCCGGCGCGGCCGCCGGUCGCCAUGGCAGCGGGGCGGUGGGGCUGGGGGCUGGCGGCGCUCGCGCUGGUGCUCGCGCUGCUUCUCGACGGCGCGCGCCGCCUGCGGCGCCGUUACGCGGCCGCCGGGGCUCGCGCCUCCCUGAGGGGAAGGGGACGGGGAAUGGCGGCUGGCGCCCGCGCGUUGCUGGUGACGGCGCACCCUGAUGACGAAGCGAUGUUCUUCGCCCCCACGCUGCUCGGCUUGGGCCGGGCCGGCGUCCGCGCCGCGGUGCUGUGCUGCUCCGCAGGAAAUUAUUACAAUCAAGGAGAGAUUCGUAAGAAAGAACUGGAACAGAGUUGUUUUCUUCUGGGGAUUCCAGCUUCCGAUGUAGCAGUCAUUGAUCACAGGAAUCUUCCAGAUAGUCCUGCUGUUGAAUGGGACACACAGCUCCUCGCCGCCUUUGUGCUAAAGCAUAUAGAAGCCAAUAACAUCGACCUGGUGGUAACCUUUGAUGCGGGAGGAGUGAGUGGUCAUGCUAACCACAUUUCUCUUUACACUGCUGUAAGAGAGAUCUUCUCCAGAGCUCCCCCUGCCUUCCCCAGGCAUGAGAAGAACUCUUUGCAAGUAUAUCUUGUAUUUUUAGCACCCAUUUGUUUCCUGAAUCAUCUGUGCAAUUCAAAUAACUGUCUGGCUUUCCUUGCUAACAACAUCACUGUGAUUUGCCUUUCUCACUUGCUUAGAGAAAGCCGCAGUGCCACAAAACCUGUGCUGUGACCUACUGAGCUCCUCUGGGAAGACGCUGAAAGUCUUUGAUGAUAUCUGAUUGCUGGAAUUCAGUGUUAGAGGGAAUCAUGGCUUUUUCCAGCAACCUCUGAAAUAGCCUAACAGAAGGAAAGGGGGUGGAGUUGAAGCAGUGUGUUUGUUUGGGCUAAGCAGGAAGAUGCUUUCUGGCGUGGUGUUAUUGGAGGGGUGAGGAACAGAGAGUGAUGACCGAUGGUCACACCAUUGGCACAGAGGGACUAGAGAGCUUCCAGCUGCCUGGACCUCUGUUUGCUCAGUCAAUUGCUUAAUGGCCUGCAAAUAGGAAUGGAGGGCAGACUGGUAGGUGUCCCCCUACACCCUGAAGAGAUACAGGGAAAACAAUGUAGCAGCUGAAUUAUGUAUAAGGAAGUUAAGGAAAACUCUCAGUUUUGAUCCCAGCUCUACCACUGUCACACUUUGUGGCCGUGCAGAAACCACUUUCCCACCUUCAUGCUUUAGGUUUCCUGUGUGUGCAGUGGGGAUGUUAACCCUCUUCUCAUCUCAGAGUAUGUUACUGAGAAGUAUUCAUUACCUGCAAGCCCCUUGAGCUCAGACCUUCG